AUGCAAGUCAAGACCGGCUACUACAUUGGAAUAGAUGUGGGAACAGGCAGCGCGCGAGCCUGUCUGAUUGACCAUACUGGCGAGAUCGUCAGCGUCGCCUCCGAAAAUAUCGGUCUUUGGCAGCCAGAGCUGGACUAUUAUGAGCAAUCAACCUCCGAUAUCUGGCGAUGCAUCUGUCUGGUAGUCCGCCGAGCCCUCGACGAACACCAAACACCUGCGUCGCAAGUCCACGGUAUCGGAUUCGACGCAACAUGCUCACUAUGCCUUUUCUCAACGGAAACCGACGACCCCGUCUCUAUCACUGCCCCCGACUUCAACACUGAACGCAAUGUCAUUCUCUGGCUAGACCACCGUGCGUCGAAGGAGACGGAUACCAUCAAUGCCACUGGUCACAAAGUUCUGCGCUACGUCGGUGGAAAGAUGUCCCUUGAGAUGGAGAUUCCCAAGAUACUCUGGUUGAAAAACCAUAUGCCCGAGGAGACCUUUGCGAAAUCGAAAUUCUAUGACCUUGUCGAUGCUCUCACGCAUAUCGCGACGGGCGGAGAGGCACGUGGCUUCUCUAGUAUGGUUUGCAAACAGGGAUAUCUACCUAAGGGCGUUGAAGGAAGUGAGAAAGGCUGGCAGGAGGACUUUCUGCAGGAGAUUGGGCUAGGGGAGCUUGCUGAUAAUGGGUUUGAUCGUAUUGGAGGUGUUAACGGUGAGACCGGUCAACACUUGAACGCAGGUGACCUUGCCGGCACGCUAUGCGAGAAAGCUGCUUGUGAACUGGGUCUUCUCCCGGGUAUUGCGAUCGGAAGCGGUGUUAUCGACGCAUACGCUGGAUGGAUUGGCACAGUUGGUGCUAAGGUUGAGAUGAAACAGCACCCAACACCAAACGUAAACCCGGACUCGGCGUUGAGUGGGAGGGUUGAAGCAUUCUCCCGUUUGGCUGUGGUCGCUGGAACAUCGUCGUGCCAUAUCGCUAUGUCGCCAGAGCCUGUCUUUGUCCCUGGGGUCUGGGGCCCGUACAGAGACACGAUCUUCUCGGAUUGUUGGAUGGCUGAAGGAGGCCAGUCUGCCACUGGUCAGUUGCUCAAGCAUGUUCUUGAUACGCACCCAGCAUCUAAGCAGGCACUGGCCAGUGCUAAGAGUGCCGGAGUAAACAUAUUCGAGUUUCUCAAUACCCGUCUCUACCAGCUAGCAGUCGAGAAAGGCGUGCAUUGUGUGGCUGAUCUAGCACGGCACUUCUUCUUCUACGGAGACCUGUUCGGAAACCGGUCACCACUAGCAGACUCGAAAAUGAGAGGAUCUUUGGUCGGUCUAUCAAGUGAUAUCUCUAUCGAUAGCCUCGCCAUCCAUUAUUACGGCACCCUGGAGUUCAUCGCAUUGCAAACAAAACAGAUCGUCGACACGAUGAAUGACUCGGGCCACCAUAUUGGUCACAUUUUCAUGUCGGGAUCACAAUGCCAGAAUGAUAUUUUGGUCAGUCUAAUUGCGUCAGCUUGUAACAUGCCUGUCGUGGUUCCAAGAUACAUCCAUGCGGCUGUUUGUCAUGGUGCUGCAAUGCUGGGUGUCAAAGCAGCCACUAUGGAUGCCGAUGGCAAGACAGUCGAUUUGUGGGACGUGAUUGAUGAAAUGAGCCAGUCCGGUAAGGCGUUCUACCCUACUGAGGACAAACAUGAAAAGGCUCUACUUAGGGCUAAAUAUCAGGUCUUCUUGGAUCAGUGUGUGAGGCAACGAGAGUAUCGAGCCAUUGUGGACAAUGUGACCUGCGAUUCCUAG